GUUAUUAUGUAAUGUCUAUUUGUUAUUACAUUUUUAUAGUAGAUUUUACAACACAUAUUGAAUAGCAUUUAAAGCCACGUUUUAAGGCAUCGAUUGAUUUAAAUUGAGUGACAAUUCAACAGAAAAGUUAUGACAAAAGGCGGUAACAAAAGUCACGAACAGAUGUCGUCAUCGAAAAGUCAAAAGUCUAGUAAAUCGGCCAAUAAGUCGACCGCAAGCGGUGACCAAAAAGACGAAGGCAAGUAUACGGAACUACCCGAUGCCAAACAAGGCCAAGUGGUGGUACGGUUCCCGCCCGAGGCCAGCGGUUUCUUGCAUAUUGGACACGCAAAAGCUGCACUUCUUAACUAUCACUAUCGGAACAAAUACGAUGGAAAACUGAUUAUGCGUUUCGAUGACACCAAUCCAGAGAAGGAAAAGGAAGACUUCGAGAAAGUGAUCCUCAAAGACGUAGAGAUGUUGAAUGUCAAGUACGACCACUUCAGCUACACUUCGGAUCACUUUGAGCUCAUAAUGCAGAAGUGCGAAGACAUGAUUCGCGCCGGUAAGGCCUAUGUGGACGACACGGCACCCGAUGUGAUGAAAACGGAGCGCGAGAAUCGCGUGGAAUCACGCAAUCGUAACAAUACGGCCGACAAGAACCUCGAGAUGUGGCAGGAAAUGAAAAACGGUACCGAAUACGGCCAGAAGUGUUGUGUUCGGGCCAAACUGGAUAUGUCAUCCGAUAAUGGUUGUCUACGCGAUCCGGCCAUUUAUCGGUGCAAAAGUCAAGCGCAUCCGCGCACUGGAAACACAUACAAAGUGUAUCCAACGUACGACUUUGCGUGUCCUAUAGUGGACAGUAUAGAGGGAGUAACACAUUCGUUACGGACCAGCGAAUAUCUGGACAGAGACGCCCAGUUCUACUGGUUUAUCGAUGCACUCGGCCUCCGAAAGCCACUUAUAUCGGCUUAUUCACGACUAAAUAUGACACACUCGGUGUUUUCCAAACGCAAAUUAACCUUUUUUGUCGAACAGGGCAUCGUUGAGGGCUGGGAUGACCCCCGAAUGCCUACCGUUCGCGGUGUUUUCCGACGUGGUUUGACUGUUGAUGGACUCAUUCAAUUCAUUUUAUCUCAGGGCUCGUCCCGAGCCGUAGUAUACAUGGAUUGGGAUAAGAUUUGGGCCUUCAAUAAGAAAGUGAUUGAUCCGAUUGCGCCCCGAUAUUCAGCAGUUGAAUUGAAAGACGCGGUGGUUGUCACGAUUAUCGAUGCAACGGAUGGCACCAUUGAAGCCUCGCUUCACCCGAAAAAUGCUGAGCUCGGCAAACGUAAUGUUAAAGUUGGCCAACAAAUACUCAUUGACCAGACGGACGCUCAACUGAUCAAAGCCGACGAAAAUGUGACUUUUAUUAAUUGGGGAAACAUUUCGAUUACCGCCGUCAACAAGGAUUCUAACACUGGAUUAGUUACCGGAAUUGAGGCUAAACUUAAUUUAGAUAAUAAAGACUUUAAGAAAACAUUGAAAGUGACGUGGAUUGAGAAGACCGCUACCAUUCCCGCAACGCUCACAUAUUAUGAACAUAUUAUUACUAAAGCUGUACUCAAACCGGACGAUGAUUUCAAAAAUUUUGUUAACAARGAUACCAAAGUCGAGGUUCAGGCUUUUGGUGACAUUGGACUCAAUGAUCUGAAAAAGGGGGACAUAGUUCAGAUCCAGCGAAAAGGAUUCUUCAUAUGCGAUUCGCCUGCAAAUGAUUCGUCACCCAUUGUGUUGAUCUCCAUUCCCGACGGCUCUACCGAUUUGAAUGUUUUUCCAAAAAUAGUACAAGAAUGGAAAAAGAGGACACAAGAGUUGGCUAAACAAUUGGAAACAUCGUCGACUAAAUUAACCACUUCUGCAACAGAUUUAGAGAAAAUUCUAAAAGACAUUAAAGAUUGCGGAGAUUCUGUUCGUCAAUUGAAAUCAGAUAAAGCCAGCAAAGAACAGAUUACCGAAAAGGUUAACCUAUUGUUGUCAUUGAAAACUGAGUUUAAAACUAAGUCUGGAGUUGAAUGGAAACCGGAUAUACAAUUGAGUCAAUUAAAUAUUACGAAUACAAGUAAAACAAGUAGUGAUAAUAAUAAUCCGCACAAAGAAUUGGACGAUUUGCUACAAAAACAGGCCGACACUGUUCGACAAUUGAAAACCGAAAAGGCGGACAAAACUGCUAUUGAUGGUGCAGUCAAAAAACUAUUGGAACUCAAGGCAGACUACAAAAAAACUACCGGUGCCGAUUGGGUCUCAAAAUCUGCCGGUCCAACAGCUGCUCCUCGAGGAGCGGGUAAGGAGAACAGUGGCAGCGGUGGUGGUUCGGCAAAAAAGAGUGAUAAGUCUAACAAGAAGUCUGAAAAUAAGGCCAAAAAAGAAGAACCAAAGUCUGGAGCARUGGGUGGUGCCGGCAAAAAGCAGACCCGUUUAGGUAUUGAAAACAAAAAGAGUGAGAACACUGCCGACUGGUAUACCGAAGUAAUUACAAAGGGGGAGAUGAUUGAGUACUACGAUGUGAGCGGCUGUUAUAUACUGAGACCCUGGGCCUACUCUAUCUGGGAAACCAUUCAAUCCUUUUUUGAUACACGUAUUAAAGGAUUGGGUGUCGAGAACUGCUAUUUUCCAAUGUUUAUAUCGAAAUCGGCGCUCGAAACCGAAAAAACACAUAUCGCUGACUUUGCUCCGGAGGUUGCCUGGGUUACUAAAUCAGGACAGUCCGAAUUGGCUGAACCAAUUGCUAUACGUCCCACUUCCGAGACGGUAAUGUAUCCCUCGUACGCUAAAUGGGUUCAAUCGCACCGUGAUUUGCCUAUUAGACUGAAUCAAUGGUGUUCUGUGGUUAGAUGGGAAUUCAAACAGCCGACACCAUUUCUACGCACCCGUGAGUUUCUCUGGCAAGAGGGUCACUCAGCAUUUGCCACCAGAGAGGAGGCACUCGAAGAAGUCUACCAAAUACUCGACUAUUACGCCCAAGUCUAUGAAUAUCUAUUGGCCAUACCUGUUGUGAAGGGCAAGAAAACUGAAAAAGAAAAAUUUGCCGGCGGCGAUAUGACUACCACAUGCGAGGCCUAUGUUGGAACCAAUGGCCGCGGCAUUCAAGGCGCCACUUCGCACUAUUUGGGCCAAAACUUUAGCAAAAUGUUUGAGAUUGUCUUCGAAGAUCCGCAAGAGUUGGGCAAAAAGCGACACGCCUUCCAAAAUUCGUGGGGUCUGUCAACACGAUCUAUCGGCGCAGUGGUGAUGAUUCACGGCGACGACAAGGGUCUGGUAAUGCCGCCGCGAGUGGCCAAAAUACAGAUAGUUAUUGUCCCAUGCGGUAUUACUGCUAAUACAACUGAUGAGGACAAGAAUAGACUGCUAGAGGGUUGCAAACAAUUGGAAAAGAUUUUGAGGAGCGCCGAUAUGCGCGUCAAAAGUGAUUUGUCUGACCAUUAUUCACCCGGUUGGAAGUUCAAUCACUGGGAGCUGAAAGGAGUUCCCAUUCGUAUUGAAUUCGGACCGAAAGAUAUGCAAAAAGGCGAGUACGUAGCCGUCCGGCGGGACAAUGGCGACAAAAUUACUUAUAAAUUUACCGACGCUGUCAACGAUUGUAAGAUAUUGUUGGAUAAUAUACAAGACUCACUCUAUCAAAAUGCCAAACAGGAUCGCGACUCUCAUAUGAUUGUCACCCAAGACUGGCAACAGUUUAUCGAAAAACUGGACCUGAAGUUCAUAAUAAUGUCACCAUUUUGCGGGGCAUCUGAUUGUGAGGAUCAGAUCAAGAAAGACUCGGCCAAAGAAGACCAAACGGACUCUUCGGGACCGCUGAUGGGCGCCAAAUCGUUGUGCAUACCACUGGAUCAGCCGCAGCCCGUGACCGAUGAUAUGUCUUGUAUUCAUCCUAACUGUAAAAGUAAACCACAAAAUUUUACGCUAUUUGGUCGAAGCUAUUAAAAUAUAGAUUGUUUUUUUAAUUAAUAAUUUAUAUAUAUUUAAUAAUUAAGUUAAUUUA